CUAAAAGCCCCCCCUAAAAUGACCGUCUGUGUUUGCUGUCGAUCGCGGCGCUAGCUUGAAGCGGACGUGGAGGGCGUCCGAGAGGAGGUUCAGCUGCAUCGCAUCCAUCACUUCCAUCACUGUCUCGACUUCGUCUCCCGCUUCUGCAUUGAAGUUCAUUUUCCCUUUGGAUCACAGCGUUCAAGCGCACCGGCGUCGCUGUCCGAGUCGACACCCUCACAGCAGCGCUUCCGCAUCGCCAGCUCUCCGACCUAGGACGCGCGUGACAGGGAACGUCGAUCAUGCACAAACCCUGACACUCGAUAUCGCCUCGCUGAGUUCCGUCCUGCUUUGCAUUGUCUUCUACUUUGGAUGAUGGGCUGGGGGUUGAGGGCAGCGGAUAGACGCGGUUGUUAGCAUAACCAGCAGCUCGAGCAUGUUGAGUCUAAGAAAGAUUUCCAAGUCUAUACGCGAGUCCUGACCCACGUGAGAGUCUGAAAGUCGCUGCACGUCACAAGAUGCUCGAUUUUCAAUCGCACGAUGGCGCCGUGCGAAGGUUGGAACCGAAAUGGAACAAGCUGAUGAUAGCUGCCUCCGUGGCAAUCUCGUUCCUCGGGGCUUUUACUUCGACGCAGCUGAUGUGCCAUGCGAGGAUGUCGUUGCAUUUUUCAAGCGUUCUGAUUUGGUCUCUUGCUGGAAGUGUCAUAUUUGGAUUCUGCAGCAUCUGGAGCUUGCACGAGGUAGCCAUGCUUGCCUACGAGCUUGACCUUGAAAUCGGCGUCGAUGCUGGCUUGACGGUGUUGAGCAGCGUGCUCGCGGUCCUCUUCACCUUCAUUGCUUUGUCUCACGACUUGCUAUGGCUACGAUGGCAGACCAGGAACGAUAGGAUCCACAGGCAUCGAGAAAGACGCCACAAGUCGCAACAGUCUUCUCAUUCGAAUCCUGCACCGUCACGACAGCUGAGCGCCCAGAGCGCAACACCGCUGCUAAGGCCCGAAGACCGCGAUGAGGAUAUGGAGACUACAAUCGCUAAUUCUGCGGCCCUUGAUGAAGACUACUUCAGCCAUCGGGUCGAUAACACGGGGGCGCUCCAGGUGUAUCCGACAUUUCCAGGAUCCGGCCCUCCGACACCUUCGUUCGCUGUGACCCAACAAGAGUUGAUGGCCUCGGCGCAUGCGGCAUCUAGGAACUCGAUGGAGAGUUUCACAUCCGAGAGCAGCUCGAAGCCUCUCAAUGUAAACGGAAAUAUCCAACCCAGCUCUGGCAGAAGUUUCGUAAGCAGAGUAGCGGCAGAUGUGUUCUCCGACUCUCACACGCGCACCUCAAGCGACUGUUCGUCUUUCCGCCGUAGCUCAGCUGGAAACUUUAGUUCGGGCGGGCUGAGCAGUGCUCUGGGAAUGAUCGUUCAAGGCGAAAGAAGCACGCCGCACUCCAACGUCUUCGUUGGGACCGCAAUUCUCCUCUUUGAUGGCUUCACCAGGCGCAACAUUGGCAAAGGCUUUCUCUGGUCUCUCGCGAUCACGGGCAUGCAUUACUGCGGCAUGCUGUCUCUCAAAAUACCAGGAGACGGCUACAUCACCUUCAAUCUGUGGCUGGUGAUGCUCUCGGGCCUGAUCAGCUGGAUCGUCUGUACUGUCGGCGCCGUCCUCAUGGCUCACAUGGAAACGCAGUUCGGCCAGCAGAUCCUUUUCUCGGUGAUAGCAGCUGCGGGGGUCGCAGCGAUGCAUUGGACAGGCAUGUGGGCUACAACGGUUUGGUCUUUCGCUCCUCCCUCCGAGAAGUCAGGAUAUCCACCUGCUUUAGCCAGUGCCGUCGUUGCGAUUGCCUUCAUCACCUGCAUCGCGGCCAAUGUCCUUUUGGCCCACUCGGCAACAGUAUCACGCAACAAAUUAGCCGAAAUCGUGUGGACAAGGAAAGAGCUGUGGAAAACGAUUGCGUUGAAAGAAAACGCCGAGGCAGCGGCUAGAGCACGGAGUGACUUCAUUGCCUCCGCGUCACACGAAAUCAGGACACCCUUGCAUCACCUUCAAGGUUAUAGUGACCUCCUGGCGCAGACGGAUCUCACGCCUGAAGGUCGGGACCUGUUGACAGCAAUCCAGCGUGCCACGAAGACGCUUUCGCUGAUCACAAAUAACGUCCUAGACUGGUCCAAAUUCGAACGCGACGAAGGCGUUUAUCGACCAGUGGCCUUAGAAUUACGCUCGGUAUGCGAGUCUGUUGUUGUUCUACUACCCAACAUAGAGGAAGACUCUCACGUGGAGCUGUUUGUGGUUGUCAGUCCCGACGUUCCACACACUUUGUUUCUGGAUGAGACGUUCAUCCAUCGCAUUCUUAUGAACCUGCUAUCCAAUGCCUUGAAGUUUACCCGGAACGGCUACAUACUGCUGUCUCUCGAAAUGAACGACGACAACCUGAUAGCCACCGUCGAAGACACUGGUUGUGGACUUGAUCCAUCAUUUGUCCCUGAGAUGUGGACGCCUUUCAAACAAGGCGAGGUUCGCGGGUCCGCAAGAGGUACAGGGCUUGGUUUGUCAAUCAUCAAGCAGCUGCUCAAGCGUAUGAACGGACAAAUCGAGGUGCAAAGCCAUUACAUACAUUCCGAAGACGUCGGCCCAUCAAAAAGUGGGACAACCUUUACAGUGACCAUUCCUAUGACCUCUACAGUCUCACGACCGGCUUCUCCUCUGAGUACCGCGCAACAAAAGGUCGCCAUUCUGGUGAGGAAGCAAGACCGCGCCUUGGAUGGUUUGCAACAAUGCUGGCGCAAGUUUGGCUUUGAGCCUUGCCUGAUACAUAGCGUUGCGGAUCUAAGUCAUGAUCAUCAAUGGCAAUACGUGUGGACCGAUCUGGAGUUUCUGGAUCUAAACCCGGAUCAAUUCGAGGCUCUCAUGAAGAAGCCGGACCUCUUGAUUCUCGUCCCAUACGACACACAAGACUCCUUGGAGGGCUUGCCCGGCAUCCUAAGUGCGCCCAAUUUCAUCAUGCUACCCAAACCGCUGAUCUGGCAUACUUUUGAGAAAAGAAUCGUGAUGAAACAAAAACAGCGGCGAGAGGCUCUGCCCACCCAGGCACUUAGGUUUGCGACCGAGGUCGAAGUAUUGGACGACCCGAAAGUACCCUCCUUGCCACUUUUGCCCAAGGCAACUUAUACCGUACUUUUAGUGGAGGAUAACCUGAUAAACCAAAAACUUGGCGUACGCAUGCUCUCAAGCUUGUCCUUCGAUGUGCGGACUGCGUUGGACGGACAGGAAGCAAUCGACAUACUGAUUCACGACAAUGAGGCAAUGAAGGUUGCCCUUGUACUAAUGGAUCAGUCGAUGCCAAAGAAAGAUGGAGUCACUGCUACUCGAGAGAUAAGAGACCUUGAGGCGAAGGGCAAAAUCAAAAUGAGGAGACCGAUCAUCGCCGUUACUGCUGUCGUGAACUCAGAAAGUCAAGCCGUCUUCAAAGAGGCUGGAGCGGAUGACUUUUUGGCCAAGCCGUUGAGCCUGGAGAAGUUGAAAGAAACGCUUACAGAGUAUCUGCCUGGUUGAGCACAUCCCGAUCUUGAUAAGAUCUAGAUCGUCAGAACCGACGCGAAGGUCGUCGACUUGAAAAUGGACAAGGAAACCAAACCUGCUUUCCAUAGAAGUCCUUUCCGAUGGCUCAAUUAAGCCUUAAACGGAUGAUAUUUCGAAAAGGCCUCAUGUGGUUCAAGAUCACAGAAUGAGCUUGGCAUAUCACCACAGCAAUAUCUGGGACAAGAUCAAAAAAAAAAAACGUUCUGUCCUAAAAAAGAAAUUUCUGCCAGCCGCAUUGCCACACUUGCAAUUAGCCGCAUAUAUAAGGAGCGGUAGAAGCAACGCUUAGAUAUGAAUACACAUAGGAUACUAAGAUCCAAUAAACAUCUGUUGCGGAUACACUGCGUGUUUUCAUGCAUGACUGGAUGAAUGUUCUUCUCGGUUCCACUUUGGCACUUUUGCAAAAUAGACUGUGAUCGAUUGCAUAGCAAUGCACGGUCAUGAUGUCCUGUCAUAGCAAUAUUAUGGACUCGUAAAUCGUUUUCCUAACCUGCCCACCACACGGG